GACAGACUCUUUGCUACUCUCAACGACCUGAAACUUCGAUUCUUCGGACAACAAGUUAACAAACCAAUUCGCAGAGAUGGCCGCCGACGACCAGACAAUCAAGCAAAUCGUGAUCGGCGUUGCCGCCGUGCUGGGAGGCCUCGUGCUUUGGAAGAUCAUCAAGAACGACGACUCCAUCGAGGGAGCUGCAAAGGACGUGAAGGGAGACCUCAAGGGAAGGUUCAAGGAUGCUAAGGGCGAGGCCAAGGGUGCCUACAAGGACGCCAAGAGCAACUUCUGAGCGCAUUGAAACACCCAUUCUUUAGAGGAGCUUCUGAUUUGCUGUACCGUGACUUAUCGAACUGAACUGAAAGUAACUGUCUGAACAGUUUCUGGCAGCCUGUCUUGUGAACAGCAAUAUCUGAAAGAAACCUGUAAUAAUCUCAAUC